AGAAACUGUCGUUUAAAAGUUAUUUAUUGUAACCAGUUAGAUACAGUCUAACGAAGAACGGGACCAUUAACAAGCAUUACCAAUGAUUUUAGGGAACACCGAUGGUGUCAGCCGCUUCCCAAAACUCGAUCAGUGUGCUCACUUUCACUAUGAAAAUGUUGAGAUUGGAGAAAUAACAGCAAAACUAUGUGACAAGCGACCAGACAAUAACAAGAUGGCGCCACCAUCGACCGACUCACCAGACAAAGAAAACGAAGUAACUCAAUUAUGGUUUUACGUUGAAGUCACGAGCAAUGACAGGAUGUGGACGAUACGACGGAACUACGAGAACUUCCGAAUGUUGGACAAGCAGCUCCAUCGAUGUGUUUACGACCGGAAGUUCAGUGUUCUUCAGGAACUUCCGGCAGUUGAAAAUGUAAUCGAAGACGAAGUAGCAAAACAGGACAGAUUACAAGAUAUGCUAAAUAACUACCUGAAUCGGUUUUCAAAUCUCCCAGGGGAGCUGAUAAGUUGUGGUCCGGUGCUGAAUUGGUUUGAG